CACACUACACCCUAGCUACACACUUCAGCUGUGCGUGUGUCCUGGUCUUUUGUAACGUUGAGUCCUGUUUCAAACGUGGGACUCCUCUUAGGAGGGAGAAGGUCCUCUUUGUGGCCGAUGCACUCACACACACUCACACACACGUCUACACACAAGCAUGAUUUAGCCGCACAAACAUACACAACGUGAUUAUUGCGUCUCCGAAGCGUGUCAGUGUUUUAGCUUGCAUGUCGCUGUGUUGAUCGUAUAUGUGUUUAUAUACUUUAUAACCAAGACUAGCACAGACCUGUGGCCAAGGAACUUUUGGCUAUUGUCAAUGUUCUUGGAAACUUAUUGGAUAUCUAAUUCUGACUGUUUUCAUAACAUUUACUCCACAAGAACACGAUAAAUGUUUCAACAGCUUUAUAUUUGAGGUCAUCACCGUAGAGAAAAGCGAAUUUAAAAUUAAUUUCUAAUGGAUUAACCAGACUGCUAACAAUACAAUGACGCCAUAUGCAAUGUUCAGUCUUUUCUUUGUCAUAUUAAUUCCAGUCAGCGUCCAAACAGAUACUUGUCCAACAAAUCGGUUCGGUCCUGACUGUCGUUAUAUGUGUCAUUGCAAUACGAGUACAAAUUGCAUUGAUGGAGAUUGUCCUGGUGGAUGUGACGCUGAAUGGUUCGGUCCAAAAUGUCAAUACGCAAAUAUGAUUAAAAAAAUCAAAAGUGAUGGAUGCUUACAAAUAUCCAAUGGUGCUCUGAGCUACAAGCAUAAAUGGGACUAUUCGUACAUAUUUACAUGGAUGAGAAUAGAACUUAAGCAACUAGGCCAACCAACAGACGUGAGCGUUACUUUCCAGAACAAAGCUGAUGUCGUGAAAUGUAAAGAUCCCAUAUUUACUGUGAUCAACAACAGGACGUUUGAUCUACACUGCACUGACCUUGACCUGCUCAUAGAUAGUCUCGAAAUAAAUGCAUUCAAUCAAAAGCGAUUGUGCACUGUGGAAGUUAGUGGAGGACGAAACAUCGCACUCAACCAAACAACAAACCAGACAGGUUUUUAUGGCUUUGGUACAUCAGAGAAAGCUGUUGAUGGACGUAGAAAUAGUUCGUGGUAUAAUGAAAGCUGUACACAUACUAAUGUUGCACAUCCUUCAGUAGCCAGUUGGAGAGUUGACUUUAAUAAACCUUUUUACGUCAACAGAUAUGAUCUAUAUAACAGGAAUGAAAAUAAAGAUCGUCUGGCUAAUUUCACACUUCACAGUUACUCUCCAAAAGGCGAUAAUAUUUUUGAGUACAAAAACCUUGCUGGAGAGAUUAAGGAUAUUUACACUAUACCCAGCUCUUUAACAAAUCUGAUUUCAUUUGUAACAAUUUCCAAAACUCCGGCCGUUUUGAAAGAGAAUAUUUUAACUUUGUGUGAAGUAGAGAUUUUUGGUGAUAAUGAUUGCCAGGAUAAACACAAUUUUGGUUUAGAGUGUAAUGAAACAUGCAACUGUUUCAACCAAUCAGAGAAUUGUCUGGUCAGUACAGGAGGUUGUCCAUCUGGCUGUGCUGCAGGCUAUACUGGGGAAGGCUGUGCAACAAGCUGUGACUCUGGAACCUAUGGAAAAGAUUGUUCCUUUUCGUGCAACCCUAACUGUUUGAAGGAUACUUGCGACUCUAAAACAGGACAUUGUAUAGACGGAUGUAUUGAUGGAUACACCACUCCUUUUUGUAAUGAAACGUGUAGUCUUGGGACUUACGGCCAACGUUGUUCUAAAAAUUGCUCAGCCAAUUGUAUCAACGAAACAUGCUCUCCUGUUAAUGGUUCAUGUGACUGUAAGCCUGGAUUUCAAGGAAACACAUGUGACCAAGAAUGUAAUCCUGGAUCUUAUGGAAAUCAUUGUAAUCAGAAUUGCUCAGCCAACUGCGAUAACAACUGUUCUACAGUAGAUGGAUCAUGCAAAUGCAAACCUGGAUUUCAAGGAAAUCAUUGUAAUCGAGACUGUAAUCUUGGUUACUAUGGAGACCAAUGCUCUUUGCAAUGUUCCGCCAAUUGCAUUAAUACAUCAUGUAACAAUAUAAAUGGAUCUUGUAGCUGUGUACCUGGCUAUACAGGUGACAAGUGUGAUCAAGAGUGCCCUCAACAUACAUAUGGAGACAAUUGCUUAGAAAAUUGUAAUCUGACUUGUUUGAACACUGUAUGUAACAACGUUAAUGGACGAUGUAAAAAUGGAUGUAUACCUGGCAAAGAAGGGGACUUUUGCCAGUUUGAUUGUCAGUCUGGGAAGUAUGGCAAGAACUGUAAAGAGGACUGCUCUGUUACGUGUGGUGGGUAUGGUUUAUGUCAUCAAGUAUUUGGAAACUGUUCAGAGGGCUGUCAAGAUGGUUUUAAAGGAGAUAUGUGCUCUGAAGCUUUAUCUGCUGAUGAGGAUCAGUCAAAUGAUGCCGCUGUUGCUAUUCCUAUUGUGCUUGUACUACUUAUAAUAGUGGCCAUUUUACUUGGUGUAAUUUUUUGGAGAAGAAGGAAUGCAAAAAAAGCAGCUCAUGCACAGGAAGGAAAUCUUCAGAAAUUGACUAAUGUGGCAGCUGAAGACAAUCAAUUAGCCAGAAUAGAAGUUGAGACUGACUCUAAAGUAAACAAUGAUGUGGAGUACUACAACACAGCACUAGAAAUAGCUGACACACGAGUGCCUGUCGACAAGCUUCACAACUAUUUGAGAACUCACAAUAAAGCUUUUUUCAAAGAACAAUUUCUGAAAAUUCCCACCUCCACAAACUCACCAACUCAUAUUGGCUCUCUGGCAGAAAACAAAUUAAAAAAUAGAUAUAAAAAUAUAUUGCCGUAUGAUCACUGCAGAGUUCAUCUUAGCGUCAACACAGAGAAGAAACAUGGGGAUUACAUAAAUGCUUCCUUUGUCAAGAGUUACAGAAAGAAUGAAAAGUUUAUUGCCUCCCAAGGACCAAAUAAAGUUAUUCUAGAAGACUUUGUACGCAUGUUGUGGGAACAGAAAGUUGAUAAAGUGGUCAUGCUAACCAACUUAGUGGAAGAAGCAAAGCAAAAAUGUGAACAAUACUGGCCUAAAGAAGGUGAUGAAGAAAUUGGACAAUUUAGAUUACGGCUAAUAAAUACAGAAGUUUUUGCAGAUUGUGUAAUUAGGAAGCUUGAAAUUUCAGUGACAGGGGAAGCCACUCAUAACGUGACUCAAUAUCACUUUAUGUCAUGGCCAGACAAAGGUGUACCAGCAACAGCUUGGAGUUUAGUGGACUUUGAGCAAAGAGUGUCAUUUCACUUGACACAAAGGCCUAUUGUUGUACAUUGCAGUGCAGGUGUGGGCAGAACUGGAACAUUCAUUGCAUUACAUAAUGUCAUGUGUCAAGCAGAGGAUACAGGAUAUAUAGACUUCUUCCAGACUCUGAGCAAGCUACGAAGUGACAGGAUGUUAAUGAUACAAACUGCAGAGCAAUAUUUAUUCCUGCACAAAGCUGCACUGGUAGCAAUGCUCUGCAUCAAUACAACUGUUCAUCAGAAUGACAUUGGGGAACAUUUAAAACAGCUGGAAACAAAACUUGUAUCAGGAGAAACUCUUUUUGAAAAAGAAUUUAAGGCAAUCUGUGAUGUCUGUGCUGAAAACCAUGAUGAAGAUGAUGAUGAAGGAUCAGGAGGCAGUGCCUCAAGCACCUAUUUAAACAGCAGAAGUGUAAACAAUAGAGCAAAAAACAGAUUUAGUAAUAUCCUUCCAAAAGAUAGUUAUCGACCAUUCCUUCACAGUGAUAAUAAGGAGUACGGAGAUUACAUUAAUGCUGUUGCAUUGCCUAGCUUCACAAGAUUAAAUCAACAAUAUUUGACACAGCUGCCCUUGCCAAGUACUGUCAUAGAUUUCUGGCGUCUUGUUACCCAAAUGAAAGUUUCUCUCAUAAUUGCCUUUGACCUAGAUUUACAAGACACAGAUACAACUAUUGGGAAUUAUUUACCAUCCAGUAAAGGGCAGCAACAACAUUAUGGACCAGUCAUCGUAGAGACUUUGAACUUAAUCAAAGAAGAAUCUUGGGAAGAGUUAACUUUAACAGCAACUCUUCAAAAGAAAAGGAAAAAAUUGUCAACAUCAUCCACACACAAUGAGGAGACAACUGUGACUCACUUGAAAUUCACUGGCAAUGUUCAUGAUGGGGAGAAGCUCCUGAAGUUAAUUUCUUAUGCAAGAUCUCAUAGUGCUCAGAGAGUGGGAAAGGUUGUCUACACUUGCCGAAAUGGAGCUGAUCUGAGUGGCCUGGCUUGUGUUCUGUCCCUGCUUCUGGACAGAAUGGACCAUGAUCAUCACAUCACUGUACCUCUUGUUGUAGGUGCCUUAAAGACAGUGAGACCUCAGAUUAUACCAACAUUGGUUCAGUACAAACUGUUGUAUUCCAUACUUCAGCAGUACAGUCAAUGUAAUAACAUCUAUGGCAAUGUUGCCAGUGCCAACGUCAGUACGCAAAGCCGAAACCAAAAGGAAGAAGACAAUAACAUAUAUGCCAAUUCAUAAUUUGUUUGCCUAAAGCAUAAUCUGUAAAUGUUUAUUGAGCCUAUUUACUCACAAAGUAAUGAACAUUAGACUUACAAAAUACAAUUAUGGUUCAGAUAUUAAUGUGUGUAGGAAAUGGAAAAGGUGUUUAAAAUGUUACUCUCUUCAAAAAUCUACAAUAUUGUAAAUUACAUUAUAAGUCUUUAUCAGACUGUCAUGCUAUUGUCAUUUAGAAAGCAAUGCCAUUGGUAUUAUAUAUUAAUAAAAAAAAUUGGUUAUAAAAUGGUCUAUUGAAAGAAUCUUUAUCAGGAGCAAAACAAAAUAUUUAGUUUUAGUUUAAUUAUAUAAAUAGAUAUGUAAUAAUAAUUAGGCUUGUCUUCUAUGUAAAUUGAGGAGUGGAGUAUUUUAUGUGUCUAUGCAGCCCCAUCUGUGACUUACAUAUUUUGCCGCCAUCAGCACAGACAUAACCAUUGUCCAAAGGUGGUCAAUUUAUAUGUAUAUAUAAAUAUAUAUGUAUUGUUAAAGAGUUAUUAACUGUAAUAUCCUUUGAACCAUACUACCUGUUAUUUGUUAUUUGUAUUUAUUUUCUAGUCAUGCAUAAUGAUAGACUUUUUGACUAUUUUUAAAAAUAUACUUUUAAGGUUAGUAGAUAUUUGAAAAUUUAAUAACUGUUUUUGUAAGCAUUGUUAUUUAAUGAGAACAUAUCAUCGAAAAGUAACAUUAUUUCAAAUUUUUUAAAUAUUUUAAUGGUAUAGUAUUAUCUCAAUUAAGUGUAAUGUUCUUUUUAAUUCUAUUUUUUGUUCUUUUGUAGAUAAAACUAAAAUUAAGUAUGUAAAAUGUGUUAAUUUAUUUCACAAUGAUACAUUUCCUUUCAGUCUAAGAUUCCAGAAUUUUACAUGACAAUGAUAACCUCAUAUUAUACUUCAUAUUUCAUCACAUUUUAUGCAUAUGUAGUCAUCACUGGAGAUCAAAUGUAGUUGUUAUUUGCUUUUCAAAUUAUUUGCUGCAGUCUUUGUAAGUCAUUGGCUACCAAGUGAUUUCUUCUAUCCUCUUAAGGGAAAAUAUGAUGUCUUAUCUAAUCCUAAGAGCUUUGAAAAACUCUUGUACAAAGAUUUAUAAUUAUCAUUCAGUAUUUUUAUUAUUAUUUAAGUUAUAUUUUUUUAUUUAAUAAGUAAAGUAAAGCCUUAUAAUUUUAAUAUCAUUUUCCUAAUGUUUAUUUUAUUUUUUGAACAAUUUUUGCUUUCAGUAACAUCCACUCUAAAAAGCAAUGUUAUGUAUCAGACUUGAAUUUGGAAAGUAAUUUUUUACACACCAGUGCAUAGUCUGGCCACCCUUUCAUUUUUAAAAUUUGUAAAGUAAAUUAUUAUUUGUUUCGUUUUUCCUCCUGCAUUUUUGAGAAGCCAUAUUGCAUUCAUUGGUGGGAACCCACUGAUCAAAAUCAAGAUUGUUAGGUUGGUUGGUUGUUUAGUCAAGCUAUACUUUUUUGGCUUAAUUAGUCUUUGGAAAAAUCAAAAUGUAUUAUAUUUCUAAUGACAUUAUUCAGAUCAGAGCUGACUAUCAGACAACUGCAAAUUUUUUAAUUCAUUUAAUGUUUCAAAUUGGUUAAAUAUUUAUUUUCAAAUGUUCUUAUUAUAUUAUUAUUAUAUUAUCACUACAGUA